CUGACGAUUUGGGUCUGCACCGGAAGUGCCUGUGCCGCAGAUGUGGUACCUACCGAGUGCUGUUUCGGUCGCUCUCCCAUCUUUCCCCGUCUGGGUAUUUGCGUCGUACCAUGGCGCCCAAGGGCAAAGUGGGCACAAGAGGGAAGAAGCAGAUAUUUGAGGAGAACAAAGAGACCUUGAAGUUCUACCUGCGAAUCAUACUGGGAGCCAAUGCCAUUUACUGUCUUGUCACCCUGGUCUUCUUCUACUCAUCUGCUUCAUUUUGGGCCUGGAUGGCCCUGGGCUUUAGUCUGGCAGUAUAUGGGGCCAGCUACCACUCUAUGAGCUCGAUGGCAAGGGCAGCCUUCUCUGAGGAUGGGGCCCUGAUGGAUGGUGGAAUGGAUCUCAACAUGGAGCAGGGCAUGGCAGAGCACCUUAAAGAUGUGAUCCUACUGACAGCUAUUGUGCAGGUGCUCAGCUGCUUCUCCCUCUACAUCUGGUCCUUCUGGCUUCUGGCGCCGGGCAGAGCCCUUUACCUCCUGUGGGUCAAUGUACUGGGCCCUUGGUUCACAGCAGAGAGUGGCAACCCAGCACCAGAGCACAACGAGAAACGGCAGCGCCGACAGGAGCGGCGGCAGAUGAAGCGGUUAUAGCCACUGACAUCGUGGCUACAGGUUUCUGGGCCCCGGGUGGCUCUGUCAAUCAGGCUACAUGGCCCCCAUGCCAGGAGCAAUGAGGGCCUAGUCCAAGGGCCAAAGGCAGUCUAAGGUAUAGGAUUGGUGAAUAAAUGGCUUACGAUGUGGCUAA